CCCGGGCGUAUUGCUGACUGACAGCCUCGGCAAGCCAAUCGGCGGUCAGACGUGAAAGUGAGUAAACCAAUCGGGUGCGGCGGCGGAAUCGACAUGGGCGUUUACUCCAGCUGCAGAGCCCAAGCCAGGCGUAGUCAGUCUGGUCUACGAAGAGCUUCCAACACUUCACCGUUGGUGUGUUACCUUCGCUCUCACCGCGGAGGUGAAAAUUCGACAUUUUCCAUCUAUUCACGGCGGAGGACGGCUUUUGAACUCUGAAACAGCGGCGGAUAUUUGUGCUCAGACAGGUUCUUGCUGCAGCCAGUUUGGAUUAUAAAAUUACAUUGAGGAUUAGUGGGUGAAAAUUGGCUCCAAUCCCGCUGGCCCUUCCCCAUGAGGAAAGAUGGGGAAUGGCUUCUCGGAACAACCUAGUUUCCUGGCGAGCAUCCCCUUCUUCCAGUCCUUCCACAUCGCCAUCCUUGGGCUGGACUCUGCCGGGAAGACCACCGUGCUGUACAGGCUGCAAUUCAACGAGUUUGUCAACACGGUGCCCACCAAGGGUUUCAACGCAGAGCGGGUGCGGGUAUCCCUGGGCGGCCACCGCUCCGUGACCUUCCAGUUUUGGGACGUGGGCGGCCAGGAGAAGCUGCGGCCGCUGUGGAAGUCGUACACGAGAUGCACGGAUGGCAUCAUUUUUGUGGUGGACUCGGUAGAUGCCGAGCGCAUGGAGGAAGCCAAGACCGAGCUCCACAAGAUCGCCAAGACUUCGGAGAACCAGGGGGUGCCGCUAUUGGUGGUGGCCAACAAGCAGGACUUGAGGCACUCCCUGGGCCUGCCGGAAAUUGAGAAGCUCCUGGCACUCAAGGAACUGAGCCCGGCGACCCCGUGGCACCUGCAGCCCGCCUGCGCCAUCAUUGGAGACGGACUUAGGGAGGGCCUGGAUCGACUAUAUGACCUGAUCCUGAAACACAGAAAGGCGAUCCGGCAGCAGAGGAAGAAGCGAUAAAGACUGCAAGUUACUGGUGAAGGAAUGUCUGGAGUUGAAUCCAGCGUCUACAUUGUUGUCAAAAAAUCUCAGAGCUUAAAGGUUUGUCAGGCUGUGUUCACACUUGUCAUGCUUUCAAAUGAACUCUGAUCCGAUUGCGUUCCCAGUGCGGUUCGUUUGGUCCACCUAAAGCACGGUUUGCAAUUAGAUUCAGACCAGUCUGAGUCCAUGUUCAAAUUCAUCAGGUUUGGUCAAGUGUGAACUUUUAUCAUCUGGACUGAAACCAUUUUGGUCCCAGAUCUCCAUCUGCUUGCAAUUGGACUCAAGAUGCAGUUUAGGUUCACUUGAGCUCAAGUGUGAAUGCUACACAGAUGAAAGAGGACCAGGUCUGCUUGAAGGAUUGGUCUCGGUCUUCAACUCUGGUGCAAUUCGGUUCACAUCAGCUCAAGUGGUGAAUGCGAUGCAGAGCCAAGAAGGUGGACUGAGACCGCUUGAAGACUUUGUCUCAGCCCACUUGCAAGCGAUUGGAUGUCGGUUUGGUUCAAGGGUGACUGCUAAAUUUCAUCCAAAUCAUGAAAAUGCGACAAGGCGGAUCAAAAAUGUGCAUCUUGUAUCUUUUUGGUCCAGACAGGAGUACUGUUCCACUUUGUUCGGUUCAAAUCAACUCCAGUGCAAGCGGUCUAGUGAAGUCGUUUGUUUGGUCCAACUAGCUGACUGUGUCCACUGAAAGAGGUUGUCUCCGUCCUGCCUAUUAGUGAACUCUGGUGAGUCGAGGUUCAUUGAAGCUAUGCGGAUCAAAGAACCAAAUGUAUCAUUUAUUUGUUAGUCUGGACCACUCUGAUCCCGUUUGCUUCCGUUAAAAGAAACUCUGGUGUUAUUGCCCUACUCAUUUGGUUGUUGGAACGCUAUCAGCUGUUCCCGCAAGUGUAAGCGCUCCAUUUGUGUUCGGUGAAAACAAACUUGUCAGAUCGCUCUGCUAGUGAAUUUUGUUUUCAUCCGAUAUUGGAUGCUGCCAUCCGAAUCCUGGUGCGCACCAAACAAGCAGCUAGUGACCGAUCUAAGGUCAUGUUCAAGUGUGAAUGCUGUCGUCCGUUCAAAUGACAGCAAAAAAAAAAAUAUGUUGGGAACCCUCAAGUGUGAACACAGCCUUUGGUCAUGUGACCAUGCUGUGGAUCAGGAAGUGACGUGUAAAGGAACCAAGUAUGACGAUGAGAAAGUUCUCGACAAGUAUUGAUUUCAAGAUGUGAUCUAACACUCAGAAGGUUUGGGGUCUGGAAUGGUGGUACAAAGUGUUAUUUGAAUGGCCAAUGGUUUCUAUAUUCUUACCAAAAAACAUUUUAAAGGAAGAAAAAAAAACUAGAUGGGUUAGAACUUCAAUGAAAUUUUCACUUUUUUAUGCUAGCUCAUCACUUUUUUUUUUUAAACUACUUCAUAGACUCUAUAUGUGAAAGCAAAGUAUUAAUUGUGCAUUUUCAAUUGGUGUGGUUGCUCUCUUCUAUCUCCCACCUGAAGCACUUUAGAUGAUCACCUCUUAGGGAGUUUACAGUUUGUUAGCCGGACUUUUUUAAUAUGAAUUAUUUGACAUGUUUUAACAGAUGCUGUUUUGAGCCGGUUGCCGCGUUGUCAUGACCUUAUUUUUUUUUUUCCCUUUGAUGAAUAAAAACCGAUUGAGUGCACUGGUUAAAA